AAAUUAAAUCAAAUUUACUGAACGUCUCCAUUAGUUCUGCUCACUCGCUUCCAGCCAUCCACUGCACUGCCGCUCGAUCGACCACGCAAUGGCCACUGCCUGCACGACCACCGACGGCAGUGGCGACGUCUGUCUCCGUCCUUCCGCCUCCGACGGCCUCCCCACACACCAGGCGUGCACCUCCAAGGCCGCCCCAGACGGCGAGACACGCCGGCGUCAGCAUCAGCGGCGGCGGUGCUGCGUCGUCUGCCUCGUCGUGACAAUCGCCACGCUGGCGCUCCUCGGCGUCGCCGUCCUCGUCCUCUCCCUCACCGUGUUCCGCGUCCGCGACCCGGCCACCCGCCUCGUGUCGGUCCGCGUCGUCGGCGUCUCGCCGAACCUGGCGCCCCCGUCGCCCCAGAUCAACGUGACGCUGCUGCUCACGGUGGCCGUGCACAACCCCAACCCGGCGUCCUUCACCUACUCGUCCGACUCCGGCGGCCACGCCGACCUCACGUACCGCGGCGCCCACGUCGGCGACGCCGUCGUCGAGGCCGGCCGCAUCCCCAGCAGAGGGGACGGCGCCGUGCAGAUGGAGAUGACGGUGCUGUCGAGCAGCUUCACCGGGGACGUCAUGGCGGAGCUGAUCAGGGACAUCGAGGCCGGCGCCGUGCCGUUCGACGCGAGCGCGAGGAUCCCCGGGAAGGUGGCCGUGUUCGGGGUGCUGAAGCUGCACGCGGUGGCGUACUCCGACUGCCAUGUCGUCUUCGGCGUCCCGGAGAUGGGGAUACGCAGCCAGGAGUGCCACGACCAUGCCACGCUCUGAGCGGCCGGCCGGCGCCGUCGUUACGCAAAUAUAUUGAUCGUUGUACCGUAUGCGUAGGGAUGUGUAGUAAUUGUGUUGUCGUUGUCUAUACUGCGUGCCUUGUACAUGAACGAGUGAAAUUUAAAAAUCUUGAUCAUUGUUUGUUUGUUUUUUCGUACUAGUGCCACACAGGCACAAUAUUCAAUCGAUGUUAAGUUUUGGAAAAAAAAAAUGUGUUAUUUUGUACAAGAAUUUGCCUUACAACUUGAAGCA